ACAACAACAACGAACGUGGAUCGAAGCUGCGAUCGGUGGCGGCUGUCGCGCGCAAAAUGUUCUCCUGAGGUUCACACAUAUUUAACUAAUUAUGUCGGUCCUUUGUGACCUAUCUGGUUGAUAGAUCAAGCGCCAAGUGUGGAGUGCGCUGUCCCACGCAUCCUGCAACAAAUCGACCUCUCCCGAUCAUCGGCAUCUGCAGUAUCAUUGUCUCCUGUUCGUCGGAGCUCCCGUAUUCCCCGCAGUUUACGCCUUUCUCAAAGGAGGGAACUCGGAAGGCAUGUGACUUCCUUGUAUGGUGCCGAAUUCGUGGCAUGGUUGCAUAUUCGAUAUGCAGGGCUAGCGAAACGGCCGCAUGUCUGAGGUGACUACUGUGGAUAUAACCCUUACUGAUGGUACCGACACUCGUUAGGCCGGUGGAAGGCCUCUUCGUUGCGUUUUCUCCUUUCGUCUGGAUUUUUUUCAUCCGGCCGCAGUCACUGCCCCGUCAUGGCACCACUCAUAGCACUACCACGUACUCCUUCGCCAAGAGUGCGCAUACGAUCACAAUCAUUCGACUCACCAUCAUUGCGUAUCAGUAGUUCUCCUACGGAGGAAUCGCCGCUGUCAAAGUCCACUGGCUCGCUCAUCACACUUUCAAGCUACGAUGCCAUUAAAGCUGCGGCACAGGGAGCAAUGCGCUCCAUUCAAAUGCUACUCCCCCUGAACACCAAGAUGAGCGAUGAAUCCAUUCUCUCCGAUGCAUCUAGUGCCGCUUCUUCAGCGACAAGUUCUCCAAGCUCGGCUGGGAGCGAGACAGAAUUUUUCUCAAACCCACCACCACCAUCGCACUCGUCGCGACGUCGUCGUCCACGUCCUCACCCCCUAUCGUUCGCACAGCAGACCAGUCGUGAGGAUGAUGUUGUCGCUGAACCAACUUCCCCGUUUCUCUACCAAGACACCAGUUGUCCGAUGUACUCGCCGUGGCUAGUUCGCGUAGUACUGGAUAUGUACGAUGUCAGAGGUCUAGAUUGGAUGGCGAUUGCGGAUCCGAUUGAGCGGGUGUGGGGAGUGCAGACGAGUAGUGCUGACGUGCUUGGGAUAUUGAGCGACAAUGGGCGUGUGCCUAAUCGUCGGUGGUGGGAUUGAGGUAGUGACUGAGAAUGUCGCUAUAAGGAUGCGUCCGGCGAGCUGAAUGUGUGUCUGAGAUGGGCCGGCACGGCUUCGACGACAAUCUGGUGUUACAAGCUUUUCUUUUUGCUCUCUGUCUUUUGGAUGUUUGUUCUGUGGACAUUCCUUUUUGGCGACUUUCUUGUUUCACAGCAUGGGUUAGAUACGGCAUUCACACGGUAACGAUAAUGACUCAGGACUCAUGAUCACGAAGCAUACGACGAAAACAGACGCAAGCAACGAGAAAGCACGACUCAACGACCCUUUUCACAACUUUCGAUCAGCAUACAUGUGUAUACUACUGCCAUGAAAUGAAACUCUUUUGCGCGUUCACGAAGCAAUCCUGUCUGAUCAU